UUCAUGUAGCACUACAAAGGACACCAAUGGAAGGAAAAAAUCACUCUGUGGUGUCAGAAUUUGUGUUUGUGGGACUCACCAACUCCUGGAAGAUGCAAGUACUUCUGUUUGUGUUUGCUUUAAUGUUUUAUAUGGCAAGCAUGAUGGGAAAUUCCCUCAUCAUCUUCACAGUGGCUUCUUACCCUCACUUACAUUCUCCCAUGUACUUUCUGUUGGCCAACCUCUCUUUAAUUGAUUUAGGUGCUUCAUCUGUCACUUGUCCCAAGAUGAUUUAUGAUCUGUUCAGAAAGCACAAAGUCAUCUCCUUUAGAGGUUGCAUCACUCAAAUCUUCUUCAUUCAUGUCAUUGGUGGUGUGGAGGUGGUGCUGCUUAUAGGCAUGGCUUAUGAUAGAUAUGUAGCCAUAUGUAAACCUCUUCAUUAUUUGACCAUUAUGAAUGCCAAAAUGUGCAUUUUCAUCUUAGUGUCUGCAUGGGUGGUUGGCCUUAUGCAUUCCCUGGUUCAAUUUGUUUACAUAGUGAACUUGCCUUUCUGUGGACCAAAUAUUUUGGACAGUUUUUACUGUGACUUUCCUCGGUUCCUCAGACUUGCUUGCAUAGAUACCAACCAAUUAGAAUUAAUGGUAUCUGCCAACAGUGGAUUCAUCUCUGUAGGCUCCUUCUUCAUACUGGCCAUAUCUUAUAUUGUCAUCAUAGUCACUGUUCAGAAACAUUCCUCAAGUGGUUCCUCCAAGGCACUGUCUACUCUUUCUGCUCACAUCUCUGUUGUGGUCCUGUUCUUUGGUCCCUUGAUAUUUAUUUAUACAUGGCCUUCCCCCUCCACCCACCUGGACAAGUAUCUGGCCAUAUUUGAUGCAGUUGGCACUCCGUUUCUGAACCCUGUGAUCUAUACCCUGAGGAAUCAAGAAAUGAAGACUGCAAUGAAGAAAGUAUGCAGACAGCUACUGAAAUAUGGGAAGAUAUCCUAAAUGAUUGCAUGGUGAA